UGAUCUAUAAGUUAGUAAGAAUACAAAAAGUAAUGUUUUUUACUAUAGGUAAGGCAUAAAGGCAAUAGUUCGAGUUGAAGAACGCAAAUGACUAAAAAAUAUGAUAUUGCUCUACUUUAAUCACGUAAAAAUUGCAAUUGGAUCAGUCUUAACAACCUUAUUUACUACAUUAACAGUUGCGCAGCUGCAAACUACCCAUUACAGUGUGAUACUUGAGCCAGACAGUAAUAUCAAAGUCCUUGUCAAUGUCGAUAAUCAGCGCUUCCCUUUGACGAUUGAUCCUUACAGUAUUGUCUAUCAAGGGGGAGCACCUGUAGCCAAAACAGGUUACUUUUAUGAGAUCGUGGAUAGGCAAACAAUGCAAAUUACAUCCUCAGAGCCAUUCAUACGAGCGCCAGUAGGAGCACUCGAUCCACAAUUAUCACGGCAACAAGACGUGUAUCACGAUUUUUAUAAUCGCUCGACGAAUAUCCAUACCAUUGCCUCCUUACCGCAAAUCUACCCUCCUCUAUCCUACAUAUCUCGCAUACCCUCUCAACUACAUAAUCACAGUAUUAUUCCUACCAUUCAUCUUUAUGGUAACGAAACAGCUGCAGAACUUCUAUUGCAUCCACCGACAUUGAGAACGCCAACAAACAACCAAGCUACGAGUCUUACAGCAACUGCUCCAAUCGAAGACGGAGAUGAUGAUAAUGAUGCUGACGAAGACCAAGCAGUCGAGUUAAACAUGACAUACUAUGGUCUACAAGACUCUCAAUCAUUCGAAAACGUGAAAGUUUCUAUCGCUGGUCGAAGUUCACGAUCUAUGCCUAAACUCUCGUACAAUAUCAAGUUACCAAAAAGUUAUUAUUUAUAUGGCUAUAGACAGUUAAAAUUACGAUCCAUGGCAUUUGAUGCCUCGUAUGUUCGUGAACGGGUAGCCCAUGCGGCAUUGAACUCAGUCGGUGUUCCCACAUCGGAUUUUUCCUAUGUUAGAGUAUUUCUUAAUACGAGACCUAUCGGUCUCUAUGGUUUGGUUGAAUCAUUCAGAGAUUCUUGGGCCAAUAACGAAUUUGGUUCAGGGGUUCAAAAAUUUAAAGCAGGUCCUCUCUAUCAGGGACAAGCUGUCAAUGCAGAUGCCUGCAACUGUUUCAAUAAGAAUACCCAAUGUGUCAGCAACAGCCGUAUUGCUACUUCUGAUUUAUCUUUCGAACAGAAUAUUACUAUGUACGGUAUGGGUCAAUAUAAAAUCAAGGCUGGCCAAGGUGGAAAGCUGACGAAUAUAGAUUACGAGCCUUUGCAAAGUUUCACAAGCUUCCUAGCUACCAGUUCGAAUUUAACGAGUGCGCAAGAAUGGAACCUACAUCUAGACACCACGGGAUUUACUAGAGCUAUGGUUUUAGAAGACUUAUUAGGUUUUUCAGAUGGCUACAUGACUUUAGCAGACAAUUUUGCUCUUUACAAUAUUCACAACACACUACGUAUGAUAUAUAUACCCACCGAUUUUGACAUGAGUCUCGGUUUAAGCCUGUUCAAACAAAACUUGAUGUUGAGUGGUGACUAUUCCGAGCAUCCUGGGUUUCGCACACGUCCUUUGACCAACAAACUUUAUUCAAAUCCACUAUUGCGCCAAAGCUAUCAAGAAGUGCAUCGUAAUUUAAGCCAGUAUCUUGUUCAUCCCUCUGUUAUGUACCCUUUUAUCGAUAGCGUGGUCAACAUGAUUUAUCCUGAUGUGCUAUGGGAUCAAAGCCUACAUAAACAUUCCGACGAACGUUAUCGUCGAUUAUCAGUUGCUAAUUUCUCAAGCGUUGGCUUGGAUUGUAUCGAAAAGAUUGGAUUGUCAUCACCAAAUUCUUUGCAAACAAAUGUACCAGUACCAGAAAAUAUAUUCGACUUUAACUCUUCGCUGUAUGGCCCAGUUACUUCAGACUUAUUUGCCAGUGUGAAAGGCUUCAUCGACAGAAAGAGUAAGAAUGUCAAUAACUUUUAUAACGUUUUAAUUAAUAAUAAUAAUGUGCAAUGAUAAGCUAGACAUAAGUUGUGCAUUAUAUAAUUCAACUAGAUUGCAAUAAAGCUCUUAUUUAUUUAUCAUUAUGUUUUUCAUUCAAG